AACAACGCGCCGGCUACAAUAGGCAGUAGAAAAUAUUCAUCUUGAAAAUUAAUAAAUUUCAACUUAAAGCCCCUUAUUUCUCAUGGAGGAAGUACAGCGCCACUCAGUGCACACAUUGGUGUUCCGUUCACUUAAACGUACGCAUGAUUUCUUUGUGGCCAACCAAUCGCUACUUCCGGAGGUAGACGAAAGCUUGGAAAAACUUAAGUACAACAUAAAAGCACGUGAUGCCUACGGCUUGGUGUUGGAUCGGGCUGCCAAGUCCAAAGCACUAGCAGCGAAAAGAGCUGAUAGUGACAGACUCGAUGGUCAGCAAGGUGGAAAGGAUAAUGUUUUGGCUAUAACAGCCGGUGAACAAGAUAGUGGCUCAUCCGAUGGCAUAAAUGCUCAGACAGCCCUUUUACCGACAACAACACCAUCAUCCCAGAAUACGUCAAAUGCGGUUCAAAUACUUCCGAAAAAGGCACCAACCAUACCGAAACCAAAAUGGCACGCCCCAUGGAAGCUUUGUCGAGUGAUUUCUGGCCACCUUGGUUGGGUACGUUGCGUUGCAGUAGAACCCGGCAAUGAGUGGUUUGCUACCGGUGCUGCCGAUCGGGUGAUCAAAAUUUGGGACCUAGCAAGCGGAAAGCUCAAGCUCUCCCUUACUGGCCAUGUUAGUACGGUUCGCGCUCUAGAGGUCAGUCCGCGUCAUCCGUAUCUCUUCAGUUGCGGAGAGGAUCGGCAGGUGAAGUGCUGGGAUUUGGAGUACAACAAAGUAAUACGGCACUACCAUGGGCACCUGUCGGCCGUAUACACGAUGUCAUUGCAUCCAACCAUUGACGUGCUGGUUACAGCCGGUCGUGACUCAACCGCGCGAGUAUGGGACAUGCGUACAAAGGCGAACAUUCACACGCUAACGGGACACACGAACACGGUCGCUAGUGUGGUGACGCAGGCGGCCAAUCCUCAAAUAAUCACCGGCAGCCACGAUUCAACUGUCCGCCUGUGGGACUUGGCGGCUGGCAAAAGCUUGUGCACCCUGACGAAUCAUAAGAAGAGUGUCCGUGCAAUCGUGCUGCAUCCGACACUGUACAUGUUUGCCUCGGCCUCACCGGACAACAUCAAACAAUGGCGCUGUCCAGAGGGCAACUUUAUACAGAAUCUUGGCGGGCACAAUUCUAUCGUGAAUUGUAUGGCGGUGAAUCCGGAGGGCGUUCUGGUGUCCGGCGGGGACAAUGGAACCAUGUUCUUCUGGGACUGGCGCACUGGUUACAAUUUUCAGCGCUUCCAGGCAGCGGUUCAGCCCGGAUCGAUGGAUAGUGAAGCCGGUAUAUUUUCCAUGACGUUCGAUCAGUCGGGGUCGCGUUUGAUAACUACGGAGGCGGAUAAGACCAUUAAGAUAUACAAGGAAGAUGACGAAGCUACAGAAGAGUCGCAUCCCAUUAAUUGGCGUCCAGAAAUCAUAAAACGAAGGAAGUAUUAAGUAUAUUGCAAAAUCUGCACUCUUUUCAAAAUAAAUUUUAAUAAAAUCCCAAAUCUGCUGAGAUGAAAUGCAAAAAGAAAAAGUUAAAAUCAAUAAAA